UUUGAGCAACGCCAAUAUGACGGUGUGAAAUUGAAGAAAGCAACAACACACCCUCAUAAGCCUCUCUCUCUCUCUCAUACAAAGCCUCUUCUGUUCUAUUCUCAUUGUUUUCGUUUCUGCAUCACUGCUCGAAGAAGAAAAGAAGAAGUGGAUAUUACAAAAAUACCCUCGCCAGAGCAGCAGAGUAGCAGCAGUAGAGGCGGGGAAAUGCUUUUAUUCGGAGAUCUCUGCUAUCUUCACAUAAUGCCGUUUUCUUGAUUUCUCUCUCUCUCUCUCUCUCUCUCUAUCUCUCCUUUUUCUCUAUAUAUAUUGGAAAGGAGAAAUGCCGAGGUUUCUCAAGAUCUGUUUUUCGACGAAUGUCGAUUUGAGAUGAAAGCAUUGUCUGCUACCGAGCUAGGGUUUCUGCAUCUCUUUCGGAAUCAUGACGACCAAACGCGCAUACAAGCUCCAGGAGUUUGUGGCCCAUGCUUCUAAUGUGAACUGCCUCAAGAUUGGGCGGAAAUCAUCAAGGGUUCUGGUCACGGGUGGAGAAGAUCACAAGGUGAAUUUGUGGGCGAUCGGCAAGCCGAAUGCUAUAUUGAGUCUCUCUGGUCAUACAAGUGCUGUUGAGUCAGUGAGUUUUGAUUCUUCCGAGGUCUUGGUGGCUGCGGGAGCUGCCAGUGGCACAAUAAAGCUCUGGGAUUUGGAGGAGGCGAAAAUUGUUCGCACACUUACUGGACACCGAUCUAAUUGCAUAUCUGUUGACUUCCAUCCUUUUGGGGAGUUCUUUGCAUCUGGAUCAUUGGAUACAAAUCUUAAGAUAUGGGAUAUCAGAAGGAAGGGAUGUAUUCACACAUACAAGGGCCACACCCGAGGGGUUAAUGCUAUUAGAUUCACCCCAGAUGGCCGUUGGGUUGUUUCUGGUGGAGAAGACAACAUCGUGAAGCUCUGGGAUCUGACUGCUGGUAAACUCUUGCAUGAUUUCAAGUGCCAUGAGGGCCAGAUCCAAUGUAUAGAUUUUCAUCCCCAUGAGUUUCUAUUGGCAACAGGUUCUGCUGACAGAACUGUUAAAUUCUGGGACCUUGAGACUUUUGAGCUGAUUGGAUCAGCUGGACCUGAGACUACUGGAGUGCGUUCUAUGACCUUCAAUCCUGAUGGAAGAACAUUGCUAUGCGGAUUGCAUGAAAGCCUCAAGGUGUUCUCUUGGGAACCAAUAAGAUGUCAUGAUGCAGUGGAUGUUGGAUGGUCUAGAUUAUCAGAUCUCAAUAUUCAUGAGGGAAAACUUCUUGGUUGCUCUUACAAUCAAAGUUGCGUUGGAGUAUGGGUUGUGGACAUCUCGCGCAUAGAGCCAUAUGCAAUUGCUACUGUUACCAGAUCGAAUGGUCAUACUGAAUCAAAAUCUACUUCUACUGGGAAUCAGACCGUACAAACUGACAACAGUGUAAAGACUAGCAUGGGAAGACUAUCAGUUUCACAAAACGCAGAUCCUAUGGUUAAGGAGACUAAACCUAUGACAUCCACAGGAAGUGUCCCCAGUACUCCGCAAAGAGUAGCAUUAAGCAGUGGUCCGAAGACGACUGCAACAAAUUCAGCAGCAGUACCUAGUGUCACGACUCAGAAGAGAUCUGCACCAAAGACCCAAUCAGCAACAAAUAUUCAGAUCUUCAACAAGUCUGAUGUGGUACCUGUUAUUGUCCCUAGAACUAGUGCAAGAGUUGAGCAGGCAUCUGAUUCCAGAAAAGAAGCUGGCAACAGUGUAAAGACUAGCAUGGGAAGACUAUCAGUUUCACAAAACGCAGAUCCUAUGGAAAUGUCCCCAGUCCCUCCGCAAAGAGUAGCAUUAAGCAGUGGUCCGAAGACGACUGCAACAAAUUCAGCAGCAGUACCUAGUGUCACGACUCAGAAGAGAUCUGCACCAAAGACCCAAUCAGCAACAAAUAUUCAGAUCUUCAACAAGUCUGAUGUGCUUAAUUUCAAUUUCUAUCUCAACUGUAAGUUACACACAUGUUUAUGUGACACUGUUUUAUGUGUAACACUGAAUGUUCUUUUUUCCCUCCCUUCAGAUGAUGGUAGAGUGCACAAGCCAAGCAGAGAUGUGUUCCCUAUUGAGGCUCCAAAAGGAGGUAUUGUUUCAGAUGAAACUAGGGUGCACAAGCUAAACAGAGAUGCAUGCUCUGUAGAAGGUCCAAAAGGAGGAAGAACCCGCUCACUUGUUGCAAACUGGGAGAAGAGAGAAGUAUCUCCUAGCUAUGAAGGGCCAACAUCCAGUAACUCUUCUGAGACUAUGUCUGCUGGUAACAUGGGCUCAUUUAGUGCGAGAGGGCGGCCUCAAUCCACUGAAAAAGAAACAGUAUCUGCUAGUGAUGAGGAUGCUAUUGCAGAUGUAGUAGAACAGCAUGAUCAAUUCUUUUCCUCUAUGCAAUCUCGCUUGACAAAACUGCAGAUAGUCCGCAGGUUUUGGGAAAGGAAUGAUCUCAAGGGAGCCAUAAGUGCACUGGAAAAGAUGUCUGAUCAUGCUGUUCUUGCUGAUGUAAUCAGCGUUCUGAUGGAAAAAAGUGAUGUUGUCACACUGGAUAUUUGCACUUGCCUCCUACCAGUCCUCACAAGCCUUAUUGAGAGCAAGAUGGAUAGGCACAUAGGGAUCUCCUUAGAGAUGCUGCUGAAGUUGGUGAGAAUCUUUGGCCCCGUAAUCCACUCAACACUAUCAGCCUCAUCGUCUGUUGGAGUAGAUCUUCAGGCAGAACAAAGGUUGGAGCGCUGCAAUCUAUGCUUUAUCGAGCUGGAAAAGGUCAAGCGGUCUCUUCCUUCCCUCACCAGAAGAGGAGGUUCGGUUGCAAAGUCAGCUCAGGAGCUGAACUUGGCUCUUCAGGAGGUGCUGUGAAGGAGGAAGAAACACUAAUAGUCAAUACAUACUGCAUAGGUACUGAAAAAUGCCAUUCUUUUGCCCUGCUAUUAGCUGAUGUAAAAUGCAUAAGCCUUCGUUGUUUCCGCGGCGCUUCAGUGCUUCUUCAUUCGAAUCUGGAAGUGCGCCCAUGCAACCUCUCUAUCCUUUGAAUCUUCCUGUUGUUUACUGCAUGCGCCUACCCUUGUAUAUGCUGAUCUGGGUCUGUUUUAACUCCAAAAAACUAAACACCAAGGUGGAUGGACUUUCCAAUGUAAACCGAGAUACAGCUUGGCACCUGAAGACUGCCAUGGACGGUCGGUCGGUCAGUCGGCAAACCCCGCUGCCCCCACCAUGUGAAACUCUAACCAAUUUCUGUUUGAAGAUACACAGUGAUAGCAUUUUGUAACAAUUGGCUGCAUGAAGCCUGUAUUUAUUCCAUGGUUGAGUACAAUUGUAUUUGUCCAUCAAUAUAGACGCAGCAUUCUGAUGA